CGCAAGUGAAGUAAGAUUGCAUUGGCCUACACUCAUUACUCCUUCAGUUCAGACUCAAUCAGUGGACUUUUUGUUUCAUCAAAGCAACAGGAAGUAAUGGUGUACAGCUCAGAGAGUGAAGGUGACUCGCUUUCAAUGGUGGUUAACCAACCACGACAAGAAGUGGCGAUUGAUGCACCCAUUGUUGCUUCCUGCAAUGAUCGCAUCAGGCCUCUGCUUGAUGCCGUUGAUGAGCUCAGGCACCUUAUGGUCAUGAAGGAAGGAAUACAAUUACCCACCAUUGUGGUAGUGGGCGACCAAUCCUCUGGAAAAUCUAGUGUUCUCGAGUCUCUGGCUGGAAUCAGUCUUCCUCGCGGACAAGGUAUCUGCACCAGGGUACCACUUGUGAUGAGGCUCCAACAUCACCACAUUCCGGAGCCAGAGCUUUACUUGGAGUUUAAUGGCAAAACAGUCCAAACUACUGAGUCCAGGAUUUCUGAAGCCAUUAAUCUCGCAACCGAUGAGAUUGCUGGCAAUGGGAAGGGGGUAUCAAACACUCCUCUCACAUUGGUGGUAAAAAAGCAUGGUGUUCCAGACCUUACAAUGGUUGAUCUUCCUGGGAUUACUAGAGUGCCUGUUCACGACCAACCUGAGAACAUUUAUGAGCAGAUUGCGGGGAUUAUCAUGGAGUACAUUAAGCCUGAUGAGAGUAUCAUCCUCAAUGUUUUGUCUGCAACUGUUGAUUUCUCUACAUGUGAAUCGAUUCGGAUGUCGCAGCAAGUGGAUAAGACAGGGGAGAGGACUCUUGCUGUUGUCACAAAGGUCGAUAAGGCGCCUGAAGGGUUACUCGAGAAGGUGACUGCUGACGAUGUGAAUGUAGGGCUUGUUGUUUGUGUCAGGAAUCGUAUUGGCGAUGAGACCUACGAGGAAGCAAGAAGGAAGGAAGCUGCAUUGUUCGAGUCUCAUCCCCUUCUGUGUUUGAUUGACAAAUCUAUUGUGGAGGUUCCUGUUUUGGCACAAAAGCUUGUGCAAAUACAAGCUGCUAUCAUAAUGAAAUGCUUACCAGAAAUUGUCAAGAAGAUCAAUGACAAGUUGAACUCUAGUCUCUCCGAGUUUAAUAAACUUCCCAAGACUUUCACCUCGAUUGCAGAGGCCAUGACUGCUUUCAUGGGAAUUAUCGCAGCAAGUAAGGAGUCCUUGAGGAAAAUCAUUUUGAGUGGAGAAUUCGAUGAGUACCCAGAUGACCAAAAAAUGCAUUGCACUGCUAGGUUGCUUGAAAUGAUCAACCAAUGCUCGCAGGAAAUGGAGAACCAUCGCUCAAGUGAUCUGAAGAAGAACUUUUUGAUGGAUGAGAUUAGUGUUCUGGAUGAAGCUAUUAAGGGAAUAAGACUUCCAAAUUUCCUGCCACACAGGGCAUUCAUUGCUCUGUUGUGCAAAAAAGUGGACUCAAUUUCGAGUAUGCCAAUUGAGUUUGCAGAGAAAGUCUGGACCUAUAUAGAAGGUGUGGUGAUUGAUGUUUUGAUGAGUCAUUCGUAUAACUAUCACCAGCUUCAGAUAGCAAUAAGAAGAGCUGGCCUUAAUCUUGUGGCAAAGAUGAAGUAACAGUCUUUGAAUUGGGUGAUGGAGAUAAUUCAGAUGGAAAAACUGACCGACUAUACGUGCAAUCCCGAAUAUUUGCUCGAAAGCAGUUAAUUGAUGGCUAAGCAAG